AUGAAAAAUACAACUGUGUUGACUGAGUUCAUCCUGCUGGGUCUAACCGAUGUCCCUGAACUCCAGGUGAUGGCCUUCACCUUUCUGUUCCUGGCCUAUUUACUCAGCAUCAUUGGAAAUAUGACGAUCCUCCUUCUCACCUUGCUAGACGCCCACCUUCAAACUCCCAUGUAUUUCUUUCUCCGGAACUUCUCCUUCUUAGAAAUUUCCUUCACAAACAUCUUCAUUCCCAGGGUUCUGAUCAGCAUCACAACAGGGAAUAAGAGCAUCAGCUUUGUUGGCUGCUUCGCUCAAUAUUUCUUUGCCAUAUUCCUUGGGUCAACAGAGUUUUAUCUUCUGGCUGCCAUGUCCUAUGAUCGCUAUGUGGCCAUAUGCAAACCCCUGCAUUACAUGACCACCAUGAGCAACAGAAUCUGCACCCAACUGGUUCUCUGCUCUUGGCUGGCUGGAUUAAUGGUUAUUAUACCACCAGUGACUCUGAUGAGUCAGCAGGACUUUUGUGCAUCCAACAAACUUAACCAUUUUUUCUGUGACUAUGAGCCCCUUCGGAAACUCUCCUGUUCAGACACAAGCCUCAUAGAGAAAGUUGUCUUUCUUGUGGCAUCAGUGACACUGGGGGUCACUCUGAUGCUAGUGAUUCUCUCCUACACAUUCAUCAUCAGGACUGUUCUGAAGCUCCCCUCUGCUCAGCAAAGGACAAAAGCCUUUUCUACUUGUUCUUCCCACCUGAUUGUCAUCUCUCUCUCUUAUGGAAGCUGCUUCUUCGUUUAUGUGAAGCCCACAGCAAAAGAUUUGGACAUAUUCAAUAAAGGGGUAGCUCUACUCACUACUUCAGCUGCACCUUUGUUAAACCCCUUCGUUUAUACCUUAAGGAACCAACAGGUAAAACAAGCCUUCAAGGAUGCAGUCAGGAAGAUGGUGAAUCUUUAG